CUACAAUCCAUAUAGCUUUCACGGCAUCUUCCUUCAACACGUAAAAUACUAACCCUAAUUUCACUCAAGUCAAACUCGAUCAAUCCCCCCUUACGAUUAGUAAUAAUAAAAUUUACAAUCUUUUUAUUUCAUUCAACAACCGAUUUUGAUUCUGGUAGUUGUGUUAUUCAGCAAUUGGAAUUUAGUAUGGCGGUGUUGUUGGAGGAUAUAGUUAAAGCAGUAGAGGCAUGGUUAAAGAUUCUCAAGGAACCAGAACCCUACGUUGAUCCGAAUCUUGAUCCCGUUCUAUUAGUGCCUGGGAUUGCUGGUUCUAUUCUUAAUGCUAAAGAUGCUGAAACUGGGAAAGAAGAGAGGGUUUGGGUUCGGAUUUGGGAAGCUGAUCGUGAAUUCCGUGCCAAACUUUGGUGCAAAUUCGAUCCUGAUUCUGGUAAAACCGUUUCUUUGGAUCCCAACAUCAGCAUUGUUGUUCCUGAGGAGAGAGAUGGUCUUUAUGCAAUUGAUUGCUUGGAUCCUGAUAUGGUGAUUGGGCGUGAUAAUGUAUGCUAUUUCCAUGAAAUGAUAACUGAAAUGACAAGCUGGGGAUAUCAAGAAGGAAAAACUCUUUUUGGAUUUGGAUAUGAUUUCCGACAAACCAACAGACUUAAAGAAACAAUGGAUCGACUUGCUGCAAAGUUGGAAGCAAUUUAUACUGCUUCAGGUGGAAAAAAAAUAACUGUAAUUACUCAUUCAAUGGGUGGACUUCUUGUCAAAUGUUUUAUGAGCCUCCACAGUGAUGUUUGUGAGAAAUACAUUAAGAGUUGGAUAGCAAUUGCUGCACCAUUUCAGGGUGCACCUGGAUAUGUGACAUCUACCUUAUUGAAUGGGAUGUCAUUUGUGGAUGGUUGGGAGGCCUACUUUUUUGUAUCCAAGUGGAGUUUUCAUCAGCUGGUGAUUGAAUGUCCAUCCAUAUAUGAAUUAAUGGCAUGUUUGGAUUAUGAAUGGGAACAUGCUCCACUUUUACAAAUUUGGAAAGAGAUUCAAGAUAGUAAUGGAAACUCUACUGCUAUAUUGGAGUCUUUCACUCCAGUUGAAGCAGUUUCCAUCUUCACUCAGGCUCUUUCCUUCAAUGAGCUGAGCAUUGGUGGAAUAGAUAUUCCUCUUCCAUUCAACAAAGAAAUAUUGCAAUGGGCUAAUAAGACACGUGAGAUCUUGUCUUCAACUAAACUUCCACCAAAUGUUAAAUUCUAUAAUGUUUAUGGCACUGGUAGAGACACUCCUCAAUCCGUAUGCUAUGGAAGCGUAGACUCGCCCAUCUCCGACCUACAGGAAUUACCACUAUGCAGUGCCACUUAUGUGAAUGUGGAGGGUGAUGGGACAGUACCUCUAGAAUCGGCGAAGGCUGAUGGGCUGGAUGCGGAAGCUAGGGUUGGUAUCCCGGGUGAACACCGAGGAAUCCUAUGUGACAAACACCUGUUCCGGAUAGUCAAACACUGGCUGAGAGCCGACCAUGAUCCUUUCUACAACCCUGUAAAUGACUACGUGAUCCUACCAACUUUAUUCGAGGUUGAAAGGCACCAUGACAAUGGCAAGGGUAUAGAUGUAAUUUCACUCAAAGAAGAAUGGGAGCUUGUUUCGAAAGACGACCAAGAAGAAAACAAGAAUGAUAUUCAACCGAUGAUCGGGUCGAUUUCCGCUUCGUGUGAAGGAGAUGAGGCGCGUGCAACUUUGAUUGUUCAUCCUCAAAGCAAUGGGAAACAACAUAUUGAACUUAAUGCCAUGAGUGUUACUGCUGGUGGUGCAUAAGUUUGGGCCAGGCCCAGUCCGGACUUUCUGGGCCCGGUCCAAUCGUUGUGGACUUCUUGUUUCUGGUGGUUGUGUUAAUUGUUAUGUAUAUAUUUAAGUGCUUGUAAUGAGUUUAAAUGUGAAUAAAGAUGAAAGUGACGUUGGUUUA